AUGAAUCGUUUUACUGAUAUUGAUUGUUCAUUUAAAAGAUUAACACCUGUUUAUGGUUUUCUUAGUGAAGAACUAGUUUCAAUUGAAAAAGCAUUAGAACCAAUAGAAUCUCAAAUUGCUAAUUUACCAUAUUAUAUUAAAAUAGCAAAAAAAUAUUGUCAUUAUCCAUCAGAACACGGUUUAACACGUGAUGAAUCAGCAUCAAUUUAUGUUUAUACAAUGGAAUGGGGUAAACAAACUUUAUAUCGUGUUUUAAAUAAAAUUUUAAGAAAUGAAGAUAGACAUUUAUGUAAAAUCUGGUUUCCUUAUUUGAAAUUAUUUGAUACAGCAUUAAAUAAAUUACCAACUGUAAAAGAAAUUGUAUGGCGUGGUAUUACUGAAGAUAUUGGAAAAAAUUUUCAUGAAAAUCAAAUAAUAACAUGGUGGAGUGUUAAUUCAUGUUCAUCAAAAGUUAGUGUUAUCAAAGGAUUUCUUGGAAAUAAGAAAAAUUCUACGACGUUUUUAAUUGAAGUAUUGAAUGGUAUAAAAGUAUCUGGUUAUACAGAAUAUGAAAGUGAACAUGAAAUCAUUUUAAGAAUGGGAACUGAACUUCGUGUAAAAAGUGAUACAUUAGAGCAUCCAAAUGGAUCUUAUUUUGUUCAUUUAAUUGAAAUUAAUAAGGAAAACAAUAAUAAUAAUUAUACAUCAACGUUAGUAUCAUCAUUAGCAUCAGCAGUAUAUCAAAUGUUUUUUACAACAAAAGCAACAACAACAACAAACAUAAUCAGUUCUAUAUCAAAAUUCAGCAAAUGGAAGCAAGAUGCCAUCACUGUGGCUGGUGGAAAUAGAGAAGGACAAAGAUUAAAUCAACUCAAUAGCCCCACUGGAAUCUUUAUUGAUAAAAAGAAAAAUAUUUUUAUUGUUGAUUGGUUAAAUCAUCGUAUUGUUGAAUGGAAAUAUAAUACAAUAGAAGGACAAAUCAUUGCAGGUAGCUGUAGUAAAGGAAAUCGAGUGGAUGAAUUGAAUGAACCAACAGAUAUGAUUGUUGAUCAACAAAAUCAUUCGAUCAUCAUUGCCGAUUCUGAGAACAAACGGGUGAUUCGAUGGUUUAAUCAAAAUCAACAAAUUCUUAUUCAUAAUAUUGACUGUUUUCGUUUGACAAUGGAUAAACAUGGAUUCCUAAAUGUUUCAGAUUGGAAGAAAAAUGAAGUGAGACGAUGGAAAAUGGGAGAAUACAACAACGAAGGAAUUAUAGUAGCAGGCGGUAAUGGACAAGGAAAUCAAAACAAUCAAUUCAGUUAUCCUAAUUUUAUCUUUGUUGAUGAAGAACAAUCUGUUUAUGUAUCAGAUUGUGACAAUCAUCGUGUGAUGAAAUGGAAGAAAGAUGCAAACGAAGGAAGAAUUGUGGCUGGAGGAAAUGGUCAAGGAGGAAAUCUCAAUCAAUUGUCUCAACCUGCAGGAUUAAUUGUUGACGAUUUGGGUCAAAUCUAUGUGGCAGAUUUUGGGAAUCAUCGAAUAAUGCGUUGGUGCGAAGGAAAAGAAGAAGGUGAAAUUGUUGUUGGUGAAAAUGGUGAAGGAAAUCAAUUAAAUGGUCCCACAGGUUUAUCUUUUGAUGAUGAAGGAAAUAUUUAUGUUACUGAUCGUUGGAAUUAUCGAAUUGUAAAUUUUAAAAUAAUUUUGUAA